CCCAUUGCCACCCCAUUGCGAUAUUUUAUUAUUUGAACAUUUUGUAUUUUUUAAACAGAGGUAAAUUUCGAUUUAUUUUCUCGUUUGAGUAAUCGUUAAUGGUUUAGCCUUUUUUUUCAUCUAAUGCUAUGCAUAUUUGAUAAUAAUUGAACAAGUGCUACAAUGGAGUCAUUAUCAAAACAAGAGUUGAUAUCAACAAUUACAAAACAAGCUGACCAAAUAAAGCGUUACGAAGCACGUCUAAGAGAUGUUGUCGCAGCAUAUAAGGGAUUAGCAAAGGAGAAGGAGGCUUUAGAAACAAGUUUAAAAGCAUUGAACAAAACUGAGAAUGAUGAAGUUUCAGCAGCAGAUGAUUCAGUUGCGGCUCUCACUCUAUCACUAUCAACACUCUCAGCGGAGAAGUCUAGAAUGGAAGAAGCUUUUCAGGCAGACAAGAAAGUUACUAGAGAGAAGUACGAAAAUAUGAUAGCGUCAAUGCGGGAGGAAACUAAAACAUUGGUGCAGCAACACAUCACAGAAGUGAAUAAUUUGAAAGCGAAAAUCGCGUAUGAAAUUCAGGAGAGAGAGAAAGAGAGGGCUAAUCAUUCAGCCAUGUUGAAAGAACUCCACAUGAAAAUAUAUGAUGAGAGGAAAUCAAAAGAGAAACUUGAAGAUAAAGUUGUGCACUCAAGUGAGGCUCAAGCAUCCCAAUCAGAAUUAGAAAAGCGUGUUCGUGACCUGAGCAGUAGUUUAGAAGCAUCCCAACGCCGUCUACAGCGUGCUGAAGCGAGGACGGUGGAAACACCAGCUCUGCUCGUCCGGCUGCAGCAGAAACUGGCUCUGCUUGAACAGUCACACUCUGUUGCUAUACGUGAGGAGCAAAUAAAAGUGAAACGCGCAGAAGAAUCAGCAAGAAAGAUCUGCGCAAGACAAGAAGAAAGAGUAGCAUUAUUAGAGGGAAAAUUGGCAGAAUUGUCCCAAACCAUCGGGGAAUAUGACUUGCAGAGACGAAGGGAUCAGCAGAUCAUACAGCAACUAAGAGAUUCUGUUAACGGCAGGAUUCUGGACAGAAUGUCUAGUAGUAGGAGUAUUGAGGACACGCAAAAAAGCGAAACGGACAACGAAAAGCUAGCCGACACGGAAUACCUACAAACCCUAAUCGACAAAAUUCACAUACUAAAAAAGGAAUUAAUUGCCGAAAACAAAAAACUCGGCAACCCUAUAGAUAUAUCGACCAUUCUGAACAUAGACACAUUUGAUCAUGUGCACUCUAAAUGUAAAAAGGACUAUGAUAUUUUGAAGAAAGAAUUUGAUACUUAUAAAGAAAGUAUGAAAAAUAGUCUCGUCGGGGAUAGAGAGAGCGAGAUAGCGAGUCUGAAGAGCGAGAUAGUUGUGCUGAAGGAAAAAGCUGAAACGUUCCAAUUGAUGAUGGAACAAGAACAACAGGAUAAAGCUGAUUCUUUAAAAUUGCAGGAAGAGAAACUAAAAAGCGAACAAGAGUACCACAGGGACAUAGUGACAGACUUGCGCAAUCGCAUACAAACCCUCGAGAAACACGUACAGACGCAACGCGAGAGAUAUUCCAAUCUAUUGGAGGAGACGGACAACUUGAUACGGGCGAGGAACGACAGGUCGAGGAGGGUUAGUUCAGAGGAGGGCUGGAAGGAGGGACAGGCACUUAGUCAAGACAAAAGUGCACUGCCGCACAUGCUGCACUAUGCGCACGAGUUGGCGAGGAAAGAUCUAGAUAUUACGCAGUUACGGAGAGAGAAACAUGUGCUAGAAGGACAGUAUAGAGAAUGUCAACGCGAAGCGACCAUAGAGAAGGAACGAUUUAAAGAAGUCAUUAGAACUUUGAAGGAAGAAAUUGACAGGUUACGACGCAUCCAAUCACGUGAAGGGGCAAACUUAGAAUACCUAAAGAACGUAGUGCUAGCGUAUCUAAUGUCUACAGAUUACGCGGGAAGAAAGCACAUGUUGAACGCUAUAUCCGCUGUUUUACAUUUUACUACUAAUGAGAGGAAUAUGGUGUUGAAAUUGUUGUAAAAUAUAUGUUAAAAUAAUAUUGGGGAAGGAAGGAUGUAUGAAGUUGGGAGACUUAGAAAAAAUAAUAGCUCAAUGGCGUGUAUUAGUGUACACACGUAAGAAGUGAAACUUGUUUAUGACCUUAUUUUUCAAAAAAUAAUUUACUAUAUGCAA